AACGACUGCACAAAUAUGCGCAGAGGUCCAAACGGAGCAAAAAGAUCGAUCUUCUUCGGCAAGAUGCCUGCUCAAUUUGAAAGUGUCAACAGUCCCAUGACACGGGAAUCCGCGAUCGGCAAUGGAAUACCGUACCCUAUCGACAGUGACAUCGUCAUUACGGGCAUAUCAGGCCGGCUGCCCGAGUCGUCCAAUAUCGAGGAGUUUAAAGAGAAUCUGAUGAAAGAAAUGGACAUGGUUACUGAUGACGAGCGUCGUUGGUCAUCGGGCAUCUUCGGGCUGCCAAGGAGGAGCGGCAAGAUUAAAGACAUCAGUACAUUCGAUGCCUCUUUCUUCGGGGUACAUUUCAAGCAGGCACACGCAAUGGACCCACAACUUCGCAUGUUGUUAGAAGUCACGUACGAGGCGAUAGUUGACGCCGGUAUCAAUCCUAACACCAUAAGAGGAUCACGUACCGGGGUGUUUGUCGGUGUGUCUGUAUCGGAAACGGAGGACUAUUGCAGGAGAAACCCGGACAACGUAAACGGAUACGGACUGCUCGGGACUACCAAAUCGAUGUUCUCCAACAGAGUCUCCUUCUGUUUCGAUUUUACUGGGCCCAGCUAUGCAGUGGACACGGCUUGUUCCUCGUCGAUGCACACCUUACAUCAGGCAGUCGCCGCAAUGCGCAGCGGCGAAUGCGAUGCUGCGAUCGUCGGUGGAACGAAUAUUUUAUUAGGACCCGUAGGCACGCUUCAAUUUCACAGACUGAAUAUGCUUUCCCUGGAUGGCAAGUGCAAAGCGUUCGACGCAUCCGGUGAUGGUUACGUGAGGGCCGAGGCGAUAGUGGCAAUAUAUCUGCAAAAAGCGACGGAUGCGCGCAGAAUAUAUGCCACAGUGGUUCACACAAAAACCAACGCCGAUGGCUACAAAUCUCAAGGUAUUACAUAUCCCAGUGGUGAUAUGCAAAAUAGAUUGAUGCGUGAGGUUUACAGUGAGGCAGGAAUUAAUCCUGUAGACGUCAGUUACAUAGAAGCCCAUGGCACCGGUACUAAAGUAGGUGAUCCAGAGGAAAUCAAUUCCAUCGACAUACUGUUCUGCAAAGGUAGAAAGACUCCUUUGCUGAUCGGAUCGGUCAAAUCCAACAUGGGGCAUCCGGAACCGGCAAGUGGGUUGUGUUCGAUCGCUAAAGUGCUGAUCGCGAUGGAAGCGGGCGUGAUACCCGCGAAUUUGCACUUCAACGAUCCGAAUACAGACAUUCUUGGCUUAAACGAGGGACGUAUUCGAGUGGUCGACAAGGCCACAUCGUGGGACGGUGGUCUGGUGGGCCUCAACUCGUUCGGAUUCGGCGGCGCAAAUGCACACAUCCUUCUACGCAGCAAUCCAAAACCAAAAUUAUCACCACUAUUAAGCGUCGCUGAACUCUUGCCCAAAUUAGUCGCGGUAUCAGGUCGAACGGAAGAAGCUGUGCAUACCUUAUUGGACAAAGCGAAAGAGCACCGUACAGAUGAAGAGUUUCUUUCACUGUUACACGUAAUACACAAUAACGAUAUUCGCGGUCACAAGAUUCGUGGUUACGAGAUACUCGGCGUAGAUGGUAUGCGUGAAGUGCAUACCCAGGUAGCAAGCUACAACGAGAGACGCCCAAUUUGGUUCAUAUUUUCCGGCAUGGGCGCGCAAUGGCCAGGCAUGGGUCGUCAGUUGUUCGGCAUUGAAACUUUUCAACGCAGUUUGCAGCGAUGCGCUGAUGCAUUGACGCCCCACGGCAUCGACCUCAUGAAUAUCAUCAUGAAUGCCACGGACGAAACGUAUGAGAACGUGAUGGAUUCCUUCAUGACUAUUGCGGCUAUACAAGUUGCCCUAGUGGACAUCUUAACGUUGAUAGGCAUACAUCCGGAUGGUGUGAUUGGGCACUCCGUUGGAGAGCUCGGUUGUGCUUAUGCUGACGGUGCAUUUACGCUGGAACAGACCGUUUUGGCAGCUUACUGUAGAGGCAAAGCGAUUGUAGAUUCCAACUUGGAGCCAGGUGCCAUGGCAGCAGUUGGUUUGAGCUGGGAGGAGGCCAAAAAAAUGUGCCCGCCCGAUAUCAUUCCAGCUUGUCACAACGCCGCCAACUCUGUUACUAUUUCCGGUCCGAUUGAUUCUAUGCACAAGUUCGUACAAAAACUGAAAAGCAAAGAUAUCUUCGCCAGGAUGGUAAAAAGUUCCGGCUUCGCCUUCCACAGCAAAUAUAUCGCUUCGGCAGGACCUAAAUUACGCGCUUCACUUGAGAAGAUCAUACCGAGCCCGAAGCAGAGAUCAGCCAGAUGGAUCUCUAGCUCUAUACCUGAGGCUACAUGGAAUAGUCCGCUUGCUCAGCUUAGUUCCGCCGCGUAUCACGUCAACAAUUUGUUGUCUCCUGUACUCUUUCAGGAAGCGGUCGCACAUAUCCCGGAGAACGCGAUAACGAUCGAAAUCGCGCCGCAUUGUUUACUACAGGCAAUCUUGCGCAAAUCGUUACCACCAACUGUGACCAAUAUUAGCCUCCACAAGCGAGAACAUUCAGAUAAUCUGGCCUAUCUACUGUCUAACGUGGGCAAGCUAUAUAUGGCCGGUGCACAACCUGACAUUUCUAAAUUGUAUCCGUCGGUGAGUUUUCCCGUCGGUCGCGGAACACCGAUGAUCGGGUCUCUCGUCAGGUGGGAUCACUCCAUCGCGUGGGAUGUGGCUAGUUUCAGACAAAUAUCACAACAUUCGGGAGAGUGUAUUGUCCAAAUAAAUCUGUCAAGAGAAUCGGACGCGUAUCUAGCGGGACACCAGAUAGACGGGCGAAUACUUUUUCCAGCCACUGGUUAUAUGCUGCUGGUAUGGAAAACUUUGGCAAAAUUGCGAGGCGCCGACUUUGAACAAUUGCCUGUAGUGUUCGAGAACGUGCAGUUUCAGCGUGCCACCAUUAUGCCGAAAGAAGGAACAGUGAAAUUCUCGAUAACCAUAUUCAACGGAAUGGGCGAUUUUGAGAUCUGCGAGGCAGGUACAACCGUCGUCAGCGGAAAUAUUCGCGUCUCCGAGAAUAUCGAGAAAGAUCAGCUGAAACUAGCGCCACCGCCAACACCUGCUACCACUAAAGAGACUUUGCCGUUGAGUACCAAAGACAUUUACAAAGAACUGAGGUUGCGCGGAUACGAGUAUCGCGAUAUCUUUCAAGGAAUCAAAUCUUGCGAUAACUACGGCGUUGCCGGCGAACUUUACUGGUUUAAUCAAUGGGUUUCGUACAUAGACAGUAUGCUUCAGUUAACUAUAGUUUCCACCAGCCAUAAACUAAUGUAUUUACCGUCGCGCCUUCAGUAUGCCGCAAUUGAUCCUAUUCGUCAUAAACAACUGAUUGAAGAAUUACCAGAGAACGGUGGAUUGCCAGUGUAUCACUACAAGAACAUCGACAUCGUUAAAUCGGGUGGUAUCGAACUCAGAGGAUUGAAAUCUUCCUUGGCGCCUCGACGACAGCGCACUCAAGCCGAUCCUAAAUACGAGCAGUACACUUUCGUGCCCUAUGAACAUUCGCAUAGUCUAGUAGAGGAUGCGACGAAAGGAAGGGUACACGCACUCACCGUUCUCUUGCAGAUCUUGUACGAAAACGUAAUGUCAUUGCGAUUAAAGACCGUGGAAAUUGCAGGCCAACGGGCUGCAGAAGCUCUUUUGGCGCCACUUAUUAUCCAAAUUACCAAUGACGAAGUUGAUUCACCUAUCAUUGACUUAAAAAUCAUUGCACUCUCUGCUGAUAAUUACAUGGCGAGUUUGAAUAAAAUGGAUGUGAACGCUGACGUCAUAACGCAAGAUGUGAAUAAGACACCUCUCACUCACGAAGCACACCUUGUUAUAGCAGCGGACAUUUUGUCUAAUCAAUCUUAUACCGUUCUCAAAAAUUUGGUAGCUGCCUUAAAACCUGGAUGUUUUAUUCUUCUGGAAGAAACCGCUGCUCAACUGGAUAUGAAAACCGCAUUAAAAAAUACUGAUUUGACAUUAGUUGGCAGACAAACCGAUCCUGUAGGAAAGACUUACUUGUUAUUGAAGAAACAACAAAAACGGAGAGAAGCGAUAGUUAUUCAAAUCACCGAGAAAGAACCAAAGAAACGUGUAUUGCCAGCGCUGAAGACAGUGUCCGCUAUCCCACGUACUUACUUAAAUCCGGAAAAAUCGUACGUCUUGGUCGGCGGUCUCGGUGGAUUCGGUUUAGAAUUAGCCAAUUGGAUGAUCGCCCGCGGCGCCAAAUUUAUCAUUCUCGUAUCGCGCUCAGGUAUUCGCACCGGUUACCAGGCAUUGUGUGUGCGUCGCUGGCGCGAGAGCGGCGUAAAAGUCGUAAUCUCUACGUCGGAUGCUACGACGUUAUCGGGUGCCGAGCACUUAAUCCAAGAAUGUAACCGGCUGGGUCCAGUAGGAGGUAUAUUCAAUCUGGCAGCUGUACUACGCGAUGCGCUGAUCGAAAAUCUGGAGGAGGCCGAUUUUAAAACGGUCAUUUUGCCGAAAGUCGAUGUAACAAGGAAUUUAGAUAGGGUAUCAAGGAAGCUCUGUCCAUCGUUAGAUUACUUUGUGGUGUUCUCGUCCAUAUCGUGCGGUCGCGGUAAUAUAGGUCAAACCAACUACGGUUUCGCGAACUCGACCAUGGAGAGACUGAUGGAAGAGAGGCAGGCAAAUGGUUUACCCGGUCUCGCCAUCCAGUGGGGUGCCAUCGGAGAUGUUGGUUUAAUCAUAGAAAUGAUGGGAGGCAGCGACACAAAGGUGGGCGGUACUUUACCACAACACAUAUCGAGUUGUCUCGCGACGAUGGAUAUAUUCCUUCAACAACCGCAUCCAGUGCUAGCUUCCUCGGUGUUAGCCGAAAAGCAUAAAUCCGACGAGGGCAACAAAACUGAUUUAAUCGCAGCUGUUGCCAAUAUUCUAGGCGUUAAAGAUGUUAAUUCGAUUAAUCCCAACGAUAAUUUGGCCGACUUGGGUAUGGACUCGCUGAUGGGUACAGAAAUCAAACAGACUCUCGAAAGGAACUAUGACAUCCAGCUGUCGGCCCAAGAUAUUCGUGUCUUAACUUUUGCCAAACUGCAAGAAUUAUCUUCGACAGGUGGUGAGAUAAGAAAAGAGCAGCAACCUCUUUCUGUGGAUGCGUCCACUACUGUAGACACAAAUGUAUCGCCCGACAUGUUACUGAUGCAGUGGCCUAGCAACGAGGUACUGCCUAAAGAGGUGCUCCUUCGCUUGAAAACAAAGAAUUCCAACGGACCACCGUUGUUCAUCGUCCAUGGUAUCGAAGGUCUCGUUAAAUCGCUAGAAUAUGUGGCCAGUGAACUCGAGAGGCCGUUAUGGGGUCUGCAGAGUAUUGAGCAGGCGCCUCAUGAAACGCUGUCGGAGUUGGCAGAAUUCUAUGUCAAUACCAUUAAAAAAAUUCAGAAAAAAGGACCAUACCAUUUGGCAGGAUACUCGUUUGGAACUUGCGUUGCCAUCGAAAUGACUCUGCAAUUGGAAUCUGCUGGAGAAAAGGUUGUUCUGAGUCUAAUCGAUGGUUCACUGGCAUUCACGCAUCAGCAGAGUAAGAUGAUCGGUAAACUGAAUAACUUGGAAGAUGGUAUUGUUUCCGACGGCUGUAUGAAAGCACUGGCAUUUUUCAGCACACAAUUUAACAAGAAAAUUAGUAUCGUUCAUGCGUUAACUGUUUUAAAGCAGAGUAAAUCAGAUGAAGAGAUGUUUGACAAGAUGGUAGAACUGAUAGGCGACACACCAUUUACACAGGAUGAUUUAAAGAUAGCUGGAUAUCUUUUAUUCAAAAAAUUAGCAGCUGCUGCUAUCUAUAAUCCGACCAAAAAGAUCAAAGGACCGGUCACAUUGAUUAAAGCUACAGAGAACUUUCUGCAUUUGGAAAAGGAUUACAGUUUAUCAGAUAUUUGCACACAACCCGUAAGAAUAGAAGAAGUGCCUGGUAAUCAUAGGACGAUAUUGCUGGGAGAAAGUGCAAAGAAACUUGCAGAUCUCUUGCGAGUGUAGCUCGCGGAAUAACAUGCGUGUUUCAAGUUUUAUUGUAUUGAGAAAGAUUACCCAGCAUGUAAUCAUUUUCAACUAUAGCAUUGCAUUGCUAAUAGAAUUUAAAGUUUUUCUUAAUAUAGAGAAGAUGUAGGAAACAUUGUUCAUAUGUGUGCAAGCGCGCGCGUGCACAUGUAUACUGUUCCUGCAUAUUUUCUAUAUUAUUUUAGAUAUACAUAGAUAUAUACAUAAACAUACAUAUAUAUGUAUAUAAUGCUGCAAUGUAACUAAAAAUUGUCUGGUAUAGAUUGACGUGAUAGUUAAUUUGCACGGUUAUUUUCGUAUAUAUUUCUUGAUAUACUUCAAUAUUGUAAAUCGAAAUUGUGUUUGUAAGCAGUUAAAUCAUACAAGAUGAAAAACCCUAAGAUAUAACUAUAACAUAAUUUAUUGGGAUGGUAUAUAAUUAUACGCUACCAUUUAUUCGAAUAAAAUACAAAUUUUUUAUCAUUUUUAAGUUUAAGAACUUGUUUUAGGAUUAUGUGUAAAAAUGUUUGUUGCCAUUUUAAAAGUUUGCUAAUUAAAUAUCCAUUAUUUAAUUUCUAUAAUUAACGGUCGCAUUCUUUGUCACUAUCAAUUCUCAAUUAAACUAUUAUUAUGCGUGUACGACUAUUAUAUUAGUAGUCGCUUUGUUAAUAAUUCGAACGCAUAAAACUGUUAAACCA